AAGGUUGAAAGAGAGAAGCCAUCAUCUAGAAGCUAUCCCUUCCUAGGUUCUACUCUUUAGUAAGUCUUUCGAUGGAUUCGAUCCUAUCUCUGAUCCAGGAGUUCAAGGAGCUCCGCCGAUCUCGACGCCGAGCAUAUCGGCCACAGUCACCACCUCCUGAGCCUGAAUAUUUUCCGUAUCCCCCAUUAGAUAACAGGACACAGCUCCGCUCCGCUCGCGCUCCCAAGAAGACCGUUCGCUGGGGGCCAGUGAUGGAAAUGGGUCCUCUGCCCCCGGCGAGAUACUACACCCCAGGAAGCCAUGUCUCAGACCGACGUCCCGUUAAAUCGAUUCUGAAGCCACCCACCAGACUCGACCAGGAGAUGUUCCGGCAUAACAUGUGGCGCAUGGUCGGUAUGGCCGAUGAGCGCCUGGAGUUUACCUACCAGUGCAUCGGGGACAUGCGCAACAUGGGAAACUCGGCUCUCGACUUCAUCAUGAAGUGCGAAGAGCAUUCCGUCCGCAACGAGUUGACGCGAAAAGUUCUUGAAACUGCCUAUCAGUUGAACGAGCUGUCGUUAGAGGAGGCUUAUAGUCGUAGCCUUCAGCAUACAAGGCUCAGGCGCCGUCGAACAUCCCGGUGAAUGGCCUAAGGGAUUUUAUCAUACGCUCGGAC